AUGCCGGUAGCCCGCGGGGGUGCUAAGACGCGUCCUAGGAAGAUAGCACGCAUGCGCGGUCCUCCGGGACCAGGUGGGGGCGCGGAAGCGGUGGCUGAGGAGGAGGGCAUGUUUCCCACAUGGGAAGCAGGUGCCUACUACUGCUGUUUGUUCUCAGUGCUCACUAUGACCUGCACAAUAGAGAAGAUCUUAACAGAUGCCAAGACCUUGCUUGAAAGACUGAAAGACCAUGAUAAUGCAGCAGAGUCUCUCAUUGAUCAGUCUACUGUCCUCCAUAAACGGGUGGCAGCCAUGAAGGAGAUUGGAACGUCACUAUCAGAAAAGUACCAAGAAGAUGCAACUGAUCUGAAGGACAUAUCUAAAUACAAACCUCACAUUUUGUUAUCGCAAGAAAACACACAGAUCAGAGACUUGCAACAGGAAAACAGAGAGUUGUGGAUUUCCUUGGAGGAACAUCAAGAUGCUUUGGAACUUAUCAUGAGCAAGUACAGGAAGCAGAUGUUACAUUUAAUAAUGGGAAGAAAAGAUGUGGAUGCUGAGCCAGUCCUAAAAGUGCAUGAGGCUCACUCUUCAGAAAUUGAGAGUCACGUAGACAGAAUCUGUGAGAUGGGGGAAGCAAUGAGAAAAGCUGUUCAGGUGGAUGAUGAUCAAUUCUGUAAAAUUCAGGAAAAACUAGCCCAGUUGGAGCCAAAAUGUCGAUUUUGCAGCUUGAAAAUAAAGAGCUGCGGGAGCUGUUAUCCAUCAGCAAAGAAACUAUCGAGAUGAGGCGAGAGGAGCUGCCUGACAUUGCAUCUCAAGCCACAAAAUAACUCUCUCUCUCUCUCUCUCUCCCCCCCCAAACUCUUGACUUUUAAAACUCUAUGGAAAUCAACCACUGUACAGAAAAACGUUUUAUCUUAGUUAUGUUUUAUUACUUCAUGUGUUUCCUGAUAUCCCUGUCAGAUGUCACCCUCUGAUGGCAAUGGUUUGCAUUGCUGCUCAAUCUUAACAGUAUACAGCAGCUUAACAAUGAGGUAUUUAUGCAGCUAUACUCCUUGCAAUUGUUUGUUUCCUCUCAUGAAGAAUGUUUCUGGAUCAGCCCCAAUGGGAGACAUCUAAUUCUGUAGGCAGCAAUUCAAAUCCACUUUAGCAUUCUUACUUCAUCGGUGGUUACAGAGCAUUUUACAAGUUGUGAUAUUUUUUUUUAUCUAAUAGAUAUGAGUGAAAGCAUUUAUUGGAGUAGUUGUCUUGUAAAUAUUAAACAUCAGACAUUUAAUUUUGCUUUAAAUAAUUCUCCAAACAGCAUUUGGCUGGGUUAACAAUGUCACUUACAUACAGACCCUCUGCUUUUUAUUGUAAACAGCCCAGAGAAUGGCAGAGCUGUAGUUUAGCGUGUUUUCUAGCUCUUGUGUUGGAAGAAGUGAACACACCCAAAGCCCAGAAAACUAGGUAAUGUUUAAAAGGCAUCACUCUUAAUCCAGAAACGAUCAGUUUUUAACUGCAGGCUUUCUAUCCUUGUUAGCAAGUAUUCAAAAGAUUUCUUUUCAUGAAUUAAUACUAAAUGUCUCAGUUGCAAGAAGAGUGUAGUUAUUACUUCAUCCUCUUCUGUGAGUGAGGGUUUUGUUGGACACGGAUAUAGGCUGUGUGUUUUUGAUUGGGAGAGAAUUCCUUCCCUCACACCAGGACAUCUUUGGCAAGUGUGAGUUGGGUAGAGACAAGGGCUUUCUGGAAAGGAAAAUAAUGGGAGAAAAAUUCUCUUCUCCUUUCUUCCAUCUCAGUUGAAGAAUAAAUGAAAUAACUUAGUGCUUUGAGAUCAGACAGCAAUUUUCUGCAUUCUUCUCAUGGCUGGGCGACCUCAAGGUCAUUUUUAUCAUAGUGCUUCAGUGUAGAGAUGCAAACAGAGUGAUUAUUUAUCAUGGAUCUUGCUUUUAUGUUAAUGUGUGCUGUGAGAUUGGCGUAAAUGCAUUCCACCUCAUGACACCACACUGGUUUGUACAGCAGCUUGAUUAAGAUGUGGAGUUUAAGGAAUUGGAAGCUGAGCAGCAGUCACCUUCUCAGAAAGUCAUCAUUGAAAUCCUUACUAGGAAGAGGAGUUGAGGGUGCUGUUUUAAUGAGUACUUCUGCUAUUCCACCUUUCUAAAAGUAAAUGUUCACUGUAGAAUCUGAGAGCCUAAAUGUAUUGUUGAGUGUGACUUAUUGCUGUUGGAGGGAUUUUCAGAAGAGCGUAAGGGUACUUAACUCCCAAUGAAGUCAGUGAAUUAGAUCCCUUACUGUUGAAAAUCCAACCUUUCAUCACAGCACCUGAACUUCAGUCCAAGAGCAAAAUACCUCCGUGUUGCUUCACUUCCCACAAUUUAUCUUGUGGAAGUGCUGAAGAAUAAUUUGGCACCUUUCCACGUCCUGUAUGACCAUACUGCAACCACCAGGAACUGGGAUCCUGAAUACAGAAUGUGGAAUUGACACACAAACUGCUGCUACUCUGUGCUAUACAGACAUAGACUAAUUAGUAGAAACUGCUUCAAGUUUAGUAGAAACUUCCUUAGCACCAGUCAUAGCUUUAUGCCUUUAAAUAUGCCAUCAGUGCCACUUUCAGUGUCAAAUGAGUUCCUGUAAUGAGCAGAUAUGUGCUCAGUUUGUUUGAUUCUGAUUUAUACUGUAAAUAUUCUAAGGGAUGAGAUACUAUAAAUAAAUUAGUGUUACUGUGGUGUGCUAAGAUAAUUCUCAUUUGCCUGCUGUAAUUGGUCAGCUGACUUGAAACAGUUUUCUUUACGUCUCAGGUUUAUCAAGUAUGUAUAUUGGCUUUUUAUUUUUCUUGAAAUAAAUCUCAAAGUAUUACCAUG